AGGGCCAGAACGAGGCAAGCCCGCGCGAUCCAGCCGUCAAUCGCAAUCUGGAUGGCUAUAAAGUGAUCCUUGUUUCCCAUCCGACCCCGUCUUUUCACCACCAACCCCGAAACCCCUCUCCAUUCCCAGUUUCCACGCCGCCGCCGUCAACAUGUCCACCUCGACCGUCGCCGCCUCGACCUCCCUCUCCUCCGUCAUCCACCGCCGAUCAUCGCGGGUGUACAGAGUUCCGGCGUCCCCCCAUCGAUCUCCUUCCUCCAAACCCUUAACAUCUUCGUAUUCGUCCUCGCACUCUUCCCUCAUGCCGGUCUCCGCCAUGGCCUCUCCCACCGCCGCUGGUGAGGCGGCGUCCAGGAAGAAGCUUCUCAUCUUCGACGCCGAGGAGGACCUCGCGGCGUCGCUGGCCGAGUACACGGCGGACCUGUCAGCGAAGUUCGCCGCGGAGAGGGGCGCCUUCACCGUCGUGCUCUCCGGCGGCUCCCUCGUCAAGGCCCUCAGGAAGCUGGCGGAGCCGCCGUACCUGGAGGCGGUGGAUUGGAGUAAAUGGCAUCUGUUCUGGGUGGAUGAGAGGGUGGUGCCCAAGGACCACGCGGAUAGCAACUACAAGCUCGCCUUCGAUGGGUUGCUCUCUAAGGUGCCUAUUCCUGCCAGCCAAGUUUAUGCCAUAAAUGAUGUGCUGUCAGCCGAGGAAGCAGCAGAGAACUAUGAAAAUCGUUUAAAGCAACUUGUUAAGAAUGGCGUGAUUGAAAUGUCACCAGCAGCUGGGUUCCCAAAGUUCGAUCUUAUGCUCCUGGGGAUGGGGCCUGAUGGCCAUGUUGCCUCACUCUUCCCAGGUCACCCUGUUGUCAAUGAAAACCAGAAGUGGGUCACCUUUGUCAAGGAUUCUCCAAAACCGCCACCGGAGAGAAUCACAUUUACUUUCCCUGUGAUCAAUUCAUCGGCAUACAUCGGACUUGUGGUCACCGGUGCUGGAAAAGCUGGUGCUGUUCACAAAGCACUUUCAGAAGAGCAUAGCGCAUCAGAUUUGCUGCCUGUUGAGAUGGUUUCACUUCAGGAUGGAGAGCUCACUUGGUUCACUGACAAGCCAGCGGUGUUAAUGUUGUCGAGCAUUUGAAGCCCAUGGUUGUAUAAGUUUGAAACUUCAUCUUAAGUACUUCAUAAAAGAUUUGAUGAAUAUCUAUUAGGUUCGACAGGAAAAUUUGAGCCCUUUUUUUAUUAUAGUGUGCCGAAGAAAUGUGUCUUUGGUUCCAGUAUCUGCAAAGUAAUUUCCAUUUCCUUUCUACUCAUCUAAAAGACAGCAGAUGAAAAUUUGGUAAUGUAUUUGCACGUCUGUAUACUACUGCACAUCUGCCUCUUUGCACAAAAAAAAUCCAGGAUUUUGAUGUCUAGCAAUUUUAUAACUUGAAGUUCAUGUAUUUCUGUAAAGUCCUUGAUAUGAAGUGUUUACCAUUGGCUUGGUGAAAUAACUGGAAUGGUGACUUCAUGGUAGACUGGCAA